AUGUUUGGCAACACCAACCAACAGUCAGGCGGCUUUUCGUUUGGUCAAAAUAACACCAAUUCGGCCGGUAACAACAACGCGGGAGGAAUGAGCUCGGGAUUCAAGUUUGGAGCCGGCUCGGCAGCCACUAGCAACAACACCAACUCCUCAGGAGGAGGACUGUUUGGCCAGAACAACAACAACACGUCUGGCAACACGGGCGGUGGAUUGUUUGGCCAGAACAAUGCCAACACUGGAAACACCGGCACCACCGGCGCCUCUGGCGGUCUGUUUGGUCAGAACAACACCAACACCAACACCAACACCGGAGGAGGCCUGUUUGGAAACAAUGCCAAUACAAACACCAAUACCAACACCAACACCGGCGGAGGAGGUCUGUUUGGAAACACCAACAUUGCGAACACAAACACAAACACUGGCGGAGGAUUGUUUGGUCAGAACAACAAUAACGCUACUACGAACACCAACACAACUGGAGGCGGACUGUUCGGCCAGAACAACACAAACACAAACACAAACACAGGCGGUGGGCUGUUUGGCAACAACGCCAAUACCAACACAAACACCGGAGGUGGCUUGUUCGGUAACAACAAUGCCAACACAAACACAAACACCAACACUGGAGGGCUUUUCGGAAACAACAAUGCGAACACCAACACUGGAGGAGGGCUCUUUGGCAACAACAACGCCAACAAUGCAAACACAAACACAAACACGGGAGGGUUCUUUGGAAACAACAAUGCAAACAACAACGUGGGCGGUUUUGGUCAACAACAACAGCAGCAGCAGCAACAAGCUGGUUUCGGUCAGUUGACCAAGACCAAUCAGCCCUCCGGUCCUUCUGUUCAGGCCCAGCUGACCCGAAUCAAGGACGGAUGGGACCCCACCUCCCCCAAUUGUGCAUUCCAAUUCUACUUCUACAACCGAAUCCCUCUGGAUGAUAUUCCCUACUACCAGAUGCCACAAGGUCAGUCUCCUGAGAAGUGGGACAAGGCUGUUGCUGAGCGACCAUACAAAUCGUCUGUGCCUGUCCUGGCCGUGGGCUUCACCGAUCUGCAGAAGCGAACCAAGCAGCAGGAGCAGCAGGUCGGCGUGUACCGGGUUAGAAUGCAUGAAGUCAACAACAAGCUUGACGAGCUAACCAACAAGCACGAUCUUGUGACUACCGUGAAGAUUGCCGAGAUGCGGGCUCGUCACCAGCGGCUCGUUAACCGAACUGUUGCUCUUGCAGCAGUUACCCAGGUGCUCCGAAACCGUGGGUAUGUCCUCAAGCCCGAGGAGGAGGUGCUGCGAAAGAACCUCGUCCAGCUCAACGACAAGGUCACGGACCCGGCUGUGUUUGGCCGAAUCAACGAGAUCUGGGCACGUAUGUCUGUUCUUAGAGAGCAGGCACGGCACGCUACCGACUCGCAGUCUAAGAAGGCUCCCGAUGGCACCAUAUUGACAUGGGAGCGGGACGAGGAGACUUUGGAGCAGUUGGCCAAGAUUCUCAAGGACCAGCAGACGGGUAUUGCAUUCCUUGCCAAGGUGCUCAAGGAGGAUAUGGCUGAGGUUGAGAACAAGAUCUCUAGUCUGGAGAAGAAAUAA